AUGGAGUCGCUUCUACGACGAUUGAAUGAUUCGUGCUCUUUUUUACGCUCGACAUCUCCUGCAACCCUGCGGUCACUUUCGACGAGCUCCUGCGGCUCUUACAUGCACCAAGGCUCUAAUUUCCGCAUGUCAAACCUACUGGUUGCUGCCAACCGCUGUCCUGUCACGGGCAAGGCAAUGUCUGCCCAAAGAGCCAGGACCAAUAUCAACGGCCUCUUGACUAGCAUCUUUAGCCGCUCCCCAGCCUAUCCUUUACGUCUAUCUCGCGCCUGCUUGCACACUGCCGUACCUAAAAGUGCCCAUAGCAUUCCCCUGAAACAAGGGCCUCUAGUACCGCCUUCAUCCCUUGCUAUAUCUCACAGAAGCCGUGCGCAUUUUGAUUAUGAGGGCUUCUACCAAAAGGAACUGGACAAGAAGCACAAAGAUAAAUCCUACCGUUAUUUCACCAACAUCAACAGGCUUGCACAGGACUUCCCCCGUGCCCAUGUGACCACUCCAGAUAAAAAAGUGACAGUAUGGUGUUCUAAUGAUUACCUCGGAAUGAGCAGUAACCCCCAUGUUCUGAAGCGAAUGCAUGAGACCCUAGAUAUGUACGGUGCGGGUGCUGGGGGAACUAGAAAUAUUUCUGGCCAUAAUCAACAUGCUAUCAAGCUAGAGAAGACUAUUGCUCGCCUCCAUUCAAAAGAGGCUGCUCUUGUCUUUUCUUCAUGCUAUGUUGCUAAUGAUGCAACCUUGGCUACCCUUGGUAGCAAACUUCCUAACUGCGUUAUCUUAUCUGAUAAGAGUAACCACGCCUCUAUUAUUCAAGGUAUUCGACACUCAGGCGCUAGAAAGAUUAUAUUUCGACACAAUGAUGUGGCUGAUCUAGAGACGAAAUUAAUGUCUUUACCCCCUGAAAUCCCCAAAAUCAUUGUCUUUGAGAGUGUUUACAGCAUGUGUGGCUCUGUUGGCCCAAUAAGAGAGAUUUGCGACCUUGCUGAUAAGUAUGGUGCUAUUACCUUUCUCGAUGAAGUUCAUGCUGUGAGCAUGUACGGACCAAAUGGGGCUGGUGUUGCUGAGCAUCUUGAUUUUGAAGCUCAUUCUAAUGGCCAACCCAAAGGUACCGUCCAAGAUCGAGUUGACAUUAUCACCGGCACACUUGGAAAGGCUUAUGGAGGUGUUGGUGGUUAUAUCGCUGGCUCCUCUAAGAUGAUCGACACCAUUCGCUCCCAUGCUCCUGGCUUUAUCUUUACUACUGCCCUUCCUCCUGCGUCUAUGGCUGGUGCUCAAGCCGCUAUUGAAUAUCAGAUGGCCAAUGGAGGCGACCGUCGCCUUCAACACCUAUAUACCCGUGCCACGAAAGACGCACUCAUUGCACAAAACCUUCCCGUUAUACCUAAUCCAUCCCACAUUAUCCCUGUCUUGGUUGGAAAUGCUGAAUUAGCCAAGCGUGCAUCUGAUAUGCUCAUGAAGGACUGGGAAAUUUAUAUCCAAGCCAUCAACUACCCUACUGUCCCCGUGGGCGAAGAAAGGCUCCGUAUUACCCCCACUCCUGGCCACAUACAGGAAUUCCGCGAUCACCUUGUCACCGCUCUUAAUUCCGUUUGGGAUAAUCUGGGACUUAAACGCAGCACUGAAUGGGCGGGCUUCCUCGGCGUGGGCCAGGAUCAUAGCCUGGAGAAUCAACCUCUGUGGACAGAUGCUCAGCUUGGAAUCGAGAAUCUGAAUGCUGAUUUGGAUCCUAAUCCUGUUACUCAAAAGAUUCUUGAUGAUGUUCCGGAAGCUGGGUCCAAGCGUGCCUCCCAAACUAUGUGUGCUUAA